GUUCAGUUCAACCAGACUAACGCAGGGAUAAACACACUUUGUUGAACUGAAGAAUUGAAAAGAGAAGAACCGAAAAUGAAUUGCAAGGCUAUAGUGGGGCUAGCCCUUGUCCUCCUCAAUUUUACCUCAUCAGUGGACAGCAAUCCUUUUCAGAUCUUCAGACGACAUUCUGUUCCAGGUUGGUUGGAUCCCCUGUCUAGCCUACGACAAGGCAGGAAUUCAAAACUUAUGAAAAUGGGAUAUUUCUCAACUGUAUCACCUCUCAGUCUAACCGAUGUUGUUACUUUCUCUCCAGAAUCUUCAGAGAAAGAAGAAGAUAUGGUUGAAGAAGAAUAUGCUCCUAUAAUGAAAGAAGAAAACCUGAAAAUGGAAGAAAACAAAGUGGCUGAUUUUGUUUUUAGUCUCAACGAUGUUGUUACUUUCUCUCCAGAAUCUUCAGAGAAAGAAGAAGAUAUGGUUGAAGAAGAAUAUGCUCCUAUAAUGAAAGAAGAAAACCUGGAAAUGGAAGAAAACAAAGUGGCUGAUGUGAGUCUAAUUGAUAUGGAUGAAGAUCUAACUGAUAAACUCAUGGAUGAUCUUCUUAACGAGCUUGUGGAAGAUGAAGAAGAGAGAGGGGGAAAGCAGCAUGAGGAUAAGAUUGGUUUACCAGAGCAUGAAUUUGUAAUUGAACAGAAGAAUGGUGUGUUCACAGAUCAGUUUGGUAAUACCUUCAAGAGCCAAGGAUAUCCUCAGUUAGAAGAACAAAAAUAUAAAGGCUUGUUCGAGAACGCCGAAGGUAGAUCUUCAUUACUCAACGAGUUCGGUCCUAACAUGGGGGAGAACCUUAUUGCUGAUCCAGAUAAUAACUCCUUCGCUGCAACUCCACAGUUAGAAAGACUGUCUCUAGACGGAGCAGAGGAUAGAAUGACAAAUGCUGAACUAGACCAAAACGACGUUGACAGCCGUCAGGUGGAUCCCGAAGCACCCACUACUACAGAAACAACAGCUGAUGAAUCAACAGCAGCUGCUGAGUCUGGAGCAGUUGAAGGAAUUAACGGAGCAGAGACGACUGAUAAAAAUGGACUUCGAUGCGUGAACAAAGUUAUGCAGGUUGAGGAGACAGUUUAUGAUACGAGGGUAAAAUGUACACAUUCUUUUACAGAGAAGUGCCAUGAUACCUUUAUUACUGACUACGUACCCACACAAGAGAAGAAAUGUGAAACCAGCUUCAAGAAGAACUGUCAGAUCACAUACAAACCUAUGGCGUUUGAUGAAGUGGUUGAGAUCUGUGAUGAGCCCCUAGAGAAGGUUUGCAACGACGACAUUAUCGGACCAGAGGUUUGCCAGACACACUACGAAACAACAUGCGAAACUAGGUACAAGGAGCACGAGGUAGAGCAGGAUGAACCGGUUUGUGAGAUGGUCAUCGAGAGAAAAUGCAAUGGCGUCGCUGUUGAAGUUCCAGAGCAAGGAAGCGGAGCUAGGCGAAGACGACAGGCUGGAAAUAGAUUCGAAAGUAGCCGCCAGUUUGAUUUGGUGUCCGUCGGAAAUGAUUGUGAGGAAUGGCCGAUACAGAAGCAAAAGUGUCGACUAGAGAAGAAACUUGUAAAGAAAUCUAACCCUGAAACCUCCUGCGCUAAAGUCCCAAAAGAAAUCUGUGCUCCUUCCAACUGCCAGUUCGUUCAGAGCAAUAAGAAAUGUCGUGAAGAGAAGAGAAGUUUAGUUCAGAACAUUCCUAGCGAACAGUGUGAUCUAGAACCUAAUGAAACAUGCAAAAUGGAGACAGUCUUAGUUCCUCGUUUGAUCCAGCAACCUAACUGCAUCAAGGUUCCCAAGGAGAUCUGCGUCAAUGCUAAAACUAACCCAAGAAAGGUAAAAAAUUAUAUAAUUCAACGCUCUGUGCUUUCUCAAAAGUGUAUCUCUAGCGUGCGUACUCAGUGUGCGUUCUAA